AGGGCCAAGAAGGUGUAGCCUUCAUAAGAUCUGUCCCUGUGGGAACUUACACAUUUACCGCUGGCUGGAGCUCUUUGAGCUUUAUCUUUUUUUGACGGGAGUAUUUUUUAUUUUUUCGUUUUGGAGGGUAAGCUGAAUCACAGGGUUGUACGACUGGGACAUCUCUUGCAUAUAUACCUCGUCACCCAGCUGAUGACAGAUCAUCUUGGACGCAAAGGCAAGCGGCGAUGCGUCGGCACCGCUGUUAACUCUUUGGACACAAACUGAGCUGAAGCUUGGUGUUUUUUUUUGUUGGUUUCUAUCUUCAAGAAGGGCAGAGGAAAUCUGGAAUCCACAAUAAUGAAGCUGAAACCGAACCAGACCAGGACGUACGACGGAGAGGGUUUUAAGAAAAGAGCGGCGUGUCUGUGCUUCAAGAAUGAACGGGAGGAGGAGGUUCUGCUGGUCAGCAGCAGUCGGCACCCGGAUCAGUGGAUCGUUCCCGGAGGAGGGAUGGAGCCCGAGGAGGAGCCCUGGGGCGCGGCGGUGCGAGAAGUCUUCGAGGAGGCCGGCGUGAAGGGCAAACUGGGACGCCUUCUCGGCGUGUUCGAGCAAAACCAGGACCGGAAGCACCGGACGUACGUUUAUGUUUUGACUGUGACGGAGACGCUGGAGGCCUGGGAGGACUCGGUUAACAUAGGCCGGAAGCGGGAGUGGUUCACCGUGGACGACGCCAUCAAAGUGCUGCAGAGCCACAAACCCGUUCACGCCGAGUACCUGCGGAGGCUCCAGCUCAGCUGCUCCCCCACCAACGGGAACUCCAUCCUCCCGAGCCCGCCUCCGAACGACAACUACCCUCACUACAGCACCACCACCGGCGCCCCCUCGACGGGCAGCGUGCUGGGCUCCUCCUGCAGAUAGGACCUCUACCGCGCCGCCGCCUCGCCUGUCCCGGCUCGGGACAGUUCACAGGAAGUCUGUACAGUCUCUUGCAUGAAAUCUAAAAGACUCCUCAGAGCCUCGGCUCGCCUGUAUUUAUUAUUUCUUCCCCUCGCUUCAAGACUGACCAAAGCUGCUGCCAGGACUGUGAUGGAAGACUGAAACGUCUCUGAUGCUGGCAAGAUUCAGACUGCAGCGUUGGGGAGGGGGAAAAAAAAAAACAAGGAUGGCUGGACACUGCUGGUGUGAAUGAACUUUAACUAUGGGAUGCCUUAUUGAAACUUUGUGCGAAUGUUUUGAUUCACUACCCGUCGCGGUUACCUUUUUAGCGGCGGCGUGCGGGCUGUGGGAAAAAAUACAAAUGAAAAGAGUAGCUGGUUGCAGCAACACAUCGGUGUGCAGAAUGUUUCCAUGGUAAUGUCAUCAACGCACGAUGGUAACGGUAAAUAUAUUACACAUGAAUAUUUAUUAAAAAGAAAACACCUUCAAGUUCAAAAAUCCCUUUGUUUCACUUUGUGUAAACUUUUUCUUCUUUUCUUUUUUUUACAGUUGUAUAAUAUAAAGAUAAAUUAGCUAUUAAAUCUGCUUUCCUGCAUUGCUUUUCAAAAGUAAAUGAAGUUUAAAAUGUACUUUUGGGGGGAAAAAAGCUUAAGUUUUCAAUAUGUUCUACCUCAGUAUACUUAAACUGGACACGACCAUCCUGUUCGGUGACCUCUUCUGACGCAAUGCUACUAAUUAAAGUUCAGCGUUAGGCGUUACCUAACUAGUGUGUGCACACCAUCUUCUGCCUGAAGUGUUAAAUCCAGCAGACUGCAGCUCUGGUGGAUUUAUCUGAGCUGAUAUUUCCAGAUAUUAAAGUAGAGAUGCACUGAUCAGUUAGUUGGCCAGAGAUCAAAAUCUGAUUCUAUUUUCUUAUUUCUUCUGUGGUGAAAUACCAACAUAUAAGACUUUUUUCUGGUUUUUUUUUUUUUUUAAUCAAAAGCAUCAAAACUAAAAUCAGCCCCUAUAUUUGUUCGGUAAGCACACCACUAGGAUUUCAUUUAAUUAUUUUUCUAUGUCUGGAUAAGAAUGGAAAAUGUUCUAAGUUUGUUCCUUGUUGCAAUUUUUUUUUUUGGAAAGAAUCUGAAUUUCUUAAAAAUAAAUAUUAGUCGUCUAUUUAAAUAAACAUUUUUGCAUUUACAUCAAAUACUGAGAUUCUGCUCAAGAUGCAAAAGCUGUCAUUUCACAACUUUGUUUUUUUUUUUUUUUUACUUCUAGACCUGCUGUCAUUUUGAUUUAAACAGACUAAUCAAAGCUAACAAAAUUGAUCAGAAAUAAUAUUGUCUAUUAAAGAAUCCCCAUUUAUUGUUCAACAGUUGAGCUUGUAUUUGCCAAGUGGAGAUAUUGUAUAGAUUGCAAAAUGAGAACUAAAUUAGAUCCAGAUUCCAGAAAAGCUGAAAUUUCCCUUUACCACCCUGAGAGGAGAACCAGAAGCCAACCUAGGCACCGGGUGGUUUAUUGCUGCUGUUAGGAAGCGUGAGGCGUGUUUUGUUUUGUUUUUCUUUCUAAUUUGUUGUAUUCCUUUAAAAAAAAAAAAAAAAUCUAAAUCUGCGUCUGUAGUGGCCAGGAAAUGUCUGAUCGGUGCAUCUCUAUAUAAAACAGGAGGACUUGUUUGAAAUAUCUUGAACGUGUUUCUCUGCUCUUUCUGCAAACGUCGAUGUUUUCCCUCAUACUUCAAAGCUGUCUGAUAAAGUGAUCCAGUAAAAAAGAUGGAUCUCCCUGUAUUUGAUUACUGAUUUGUUUUUUCAAAAUAUCAUUAGUUUCGAACAAAAGAAAAGAUUCUACAUAUAAAAAUUAAAGAAAUGCAAACCCUCACAUGAUACCCUGAACUUUAGUUUCCCAUGACAUUGUUUGUCACCAUAACUUUUUAGGGUUUUUUUUUUGUACGUUUCUGGGGGGUAAAUGGAAAUUUACUGCCCCUCAGCCAGGAUGUUUUUGCGAGUCAGCAUGUACAAUAAUCGUGUUAUUCCGGUAAACGCAUUGGAAAUGGAGGGGAGGAGCAAUAAUCCUGGAAAGGUUCCUGCAGUCCAAAUGCACCUAUAGUUUGUGAAAAUGCUUUCACAAUGUCAAAUCCAGAUUUAUUAUGAAUUUUCUGCAACAUGUAAAUUGUAAACGGAUCGAAAAGCAAGAGAAAAUAUAACCUGUAUGAAAAUGGCCUCCCUACCUUUUACUUCGACAGCUGAAUGAACACUCGAUGUGUGUAAAUAACUUUAAGAGGCAUUGUAAAAUGUGUUUUUAACCUGUACCUCUUUAAUAUUUUCUAUAUUUUUAAAAAUGAUGCACAAACAGGACGUGUACAGUGUGGGAUGUUUAUGAUGUGAAGGCUGUGGAAAAGGAGAGUAGUGUCUCAUUCAUGAGAAAACACAAGGUUAUUUUUAAUUUCAAGACUUGUUUGAUUUGAUUUGAUUUUUUUUAUUCACUCAAACACCUGCAGAGCCUGAGUAUACAAUAGGAAGUCCCAUCUUAGGUUGAGGCAAAAAUGAUUGUUUUUAAAAUAAAUUAAAAAACCGUAGAAACAUUUUUUGAGAAAUUUCAAAAAAUACUACAACCUGAAAUGUGUUUCCGUUUCCAACACUGGCAGACCAGACCGUUUAGUACGGUUAACUUUGGACAUGUUUUCCAGACUUUUUCUUUCUUUUAUGAUCAAUUUGAAUUUAAAAUUAAAAUUAAUUGUGCCAAAUGUCAAAAUUUGUGCUAUACUAGGAAAAAAAAAUCAUCUAUAUGUUGAAAAUUAGAUAAGGUCCAAUCAUGAGUUUCUACAAAGUAUUUAAAAUGUUUUAUGAAGGUUUAUUUCUUAAAGACAAAUUAUAUAUAUAUAUAUAUAUAUAUAUAUAUAUAUAUACCAUCUAAUUGGUGGUUUAAUUCUGCCUGAAACGAGUCGGCUGCGUGUGCCGAAACGCCGUUGAAUGUUUAAAGUCUUAGCCAGUUUCCAUCUGCUCUUAUUCUCCUGUUGAAAAGCUUUUAAUCAAGGCAAGUGAAAGUGUUCUUACUGUUUAUCGUGACGUUGCGCGAAGCUCGAUGCGAACGUGAUCUGGGCUGGAAGGAAGAGAUUGCAUUAAAGGAAGAGCAACUGAA